AGACAUGGGUGGGAGGGGAGAAAGGGAUGCUGUUGCCAAGGAACACUAGCGACAUCGAGAACCACUGACAACAGCAGCACGAUUAUUACAGAGAUCAGUGCUUCAAGCUGCUUCAGGAUUAAAAAAAAGCUUCUCCCAUUGAAGAAUCGUGUCACUAAAAGUAGGGUCAGGAAAAAGUGGAUAUUCGAAGCCAGUAUAGAGAGAAGUGACGAGAUCAUGAUGCUGCAGCCGAUACACUCUGACUGAAGAAAUUCGAUUUGGACAUCAGGGCUACUAAGAGGCAGCGUGUGGACACGCUCUUCACAGCCAGUCUCAUCCCAACAAAGGUAGACAGACCCGAAGGAAAGGAAACGAAGAGGGUGGGGGUUCACAGAGCAGAGUACAGAGGUGCCCCCUGUCUUCAAGCACCUGCUGCUGGCUAGCGACUGACAUUGAGGACACUGUCUGUGUGUCUGUGCAUGAGUAUAUGUGCAUGUGAAGUAGGGCAAAAGGGGACACAUGCAUUUGUGUCAGUUUGGAGGAUCAGCUCACAUUUUUGCUCCUGUGAUUGAAGAGAAGGAAGGACAUAUACAUACAUACGGACAGACAGCCGAUCGAAAGAAUUUGAAGGAGAUCGCCACGAUCUCAUGCCCCUGCUUACCUUGGUGAGGGAUGGGCACUACAGAAGCGACACUCAGAAUGGAGAGCAUGGAAGUGAAAGACGAGUGGCAGGAUGAAGACUUCCCCAGACUUUUACCUGAGUACGGAGACAUGGACCCUACAUGUGGCCUCACAGACAACAGAACAGCCCCUCCCAACUCCAUGAAUAUGAGCCCACCUGGAGGAGGCGCAGGUGUAUCGUCCUCGCACCGUACACGGCGUACAUUGGUUGCCCCGGAGAUGACUCUGUCCCUGGAUAAAAGCGAGGGAUCCCUGCUGUCGGAUGACUUUCUGGACACACCCGACGACCUGGACAUCAACGUGGAUGACAUCGAAACGCCAGAUGAGACGGACUCGCUCGAAUUUAUCACCAAUGGCAAUGACCUGGAGUGGGAAGAUGACACUCCAGUGGCCUCAGCCAAAGCGGGUCCGACUGGUGGUACAGGAGACUUGGACGAGGAAGGAAACGCCAACAACGGACGUCUGUGGAGGACGGUGAUCAUUGGAGAACAGGAGCACAGGAUUGACAUGCAGAUCAUCCGACCCUACCAAAGAGUCAUCUCACAUGGAGGUUAUUUUGGGGAAGGCCUGAACGCCAUCAUUGUAUUUUCUGCAUGCUACCUGCCUGACAGCAGCAUCCCAGAGUACCACUACGUUAUGGAAAACCUCUUCCUGUAUGUGGUGAGCAGUCUUGAGAUGCUCGUAGCUGAAGACUACCUGAUCAUCUACAUGAAUGGAGCCACACCCAGGAGUAAGAUGCCCGGAAUCGGCUGGCUCAAGAAAUGCUACCAGAUGAUUGACAGAAGGUUGAGGAAGAACUUGAAGUCUCUGGUCAUUGCUCAUCCUACUUGGUUCAUACGCACUGUGCUGGCAAUUUCCAGGCCCUUUAUCAGUGUGAAGUUCAUGAAUAAGAUCCAGUAUGUUCACAGCCUGGAUGAACUUUCCCUAAUGGUCCCUAUGGAGCACGUACAUGUACCAGAAUGUGUUAUGCAGUUUGACGAGGAGAGGAUUAAAGCUCGCAGGGAGAGGAUGGAGCAAGAGGAGAGGCAGCGGGUAGAACCAGUCAAGAAAAAGUCAGACAGGCCAAAGUCAAUGAUUGUAGAGCAGGGACUAUGAAAAGGGAAGAAUUCUCUCAUUAAAAAGUGUGCCACUUGGAGCAUCAAUCUAUUCAUCAAAGCCGCAAAGACUCCGUGUGCUUCCUUGUGCGCUCAUCAUCUUUCGAACACAUUGCAGUGGCAAAUGCGCCAUCCCAUCUUUUUCCCCUUUCUGAUGAGACGGGUUAAUGUGACAUUUGCAAAGGAGCUUCCCUUGGACUUUACUGGUGAACUUUUGCACUUUAAUCUUUGAGCGACUCACGUUGAACGUUUGUCCUCCAUGUGUCACUGGAAGACUGAGAAAAGGAUUUCUCCCUCUCCACAUCCCGGUAAAAAAUUGCACAAAUGAGAGAAGUGAGGGUCUGUUUAUCAUAGGCCCAAUCAGAAAGUAAAACCAGAUGGAUGGAAGAGCGGCUGGGUAAAAAGUGUUUUGGGUGUAAAUACUGCAAUACAUUAUUUGAUUCUGCUCCAUGUUGUGAUUUCAUAAAGCCUUUCAAGCUCUCUCAUUUGCUCUACUGACCAGAGAAUCGAGAAUGUCCAUGAUGCACCGACCAGGUCAUUCUCUAUGACCUCCAUCUCUACUUUUACACUUUACCAUGUGCCUCUAUCGCCUGAGUUUAAAAAGCAGAUGUAUGUGAACUAUUUGCCCAUGCACGCUCAUAUCAAUUUUCUAUAUAUUUACCCCCUUUUGACUUAAGAUACAAAUAACCGCAAACCAAGGCUGAACAAUCGUUUUGCAUAAUCCUGCUGAAAUGCAAACAAACAUAACUGAAAAUAAUAACAAACUCCCUGCUAGAGGUAAUGAACAAACUGUUUUAAAUCCUUCAUUGUACUUUCUCCGUAUUGGUAAAUCAUACACGUCAAAGGUGAUUUAAAAACAUGAAUGAAUUAGUGCUUCCCUUCUUCUUUCUAGCAUGUUUACGAUCAUACAAAUAGAUUGAACAUAAAAUAGAUUCGUUUCUGUAUCACUUAGUUUUGCUCGUUUUGGUUGAUUGUAUUUUACAUACUGUACUAUUUGCACUACUCUUCAAAGCACAGACACGUUUUGCGCGCUUUUAUUUUUAGAAAUGCAAAUUAAAAGGCAUAAGUGCAUUUUGUCAGUUUAACACAGAAAUUACAUUGGAAUACUGGUCCGGAUAGUCUGAACCUUUCUCAAAUAUCCCUUUUUGUGGAGAGCUAUUGGUUUUCCUUUUGCCCUCCCUUUCUUGUCUUCCAUUGAUGCAACAGUUAUAUGGUAGUGGCAGUACAAAAUGCCAUAAAUUAUUUUUCUAUUAAACGUGCAUCAUUGUAUUGCUUUCAAUAUUUGGAAUUGUGUGAUUUGUUUGGUAAUGGGAUGGCCUUCGAAAUGUAUUUUGUUUUAUUAGUAUUAACUUGAAAUGCGUAGAAAUAUGACAAAAGUUAUUUGUUACUUUUAAUUUCUCAAUUAAUUUGAUGUUUUGUGACUAUUCAUAGAAGUUGAAAGUUCUCUUGAAAUCAUCUACCAAGCCUGAUGAUCUUUAUUUUGUUUUGUUUAGUGUCUCAUGUUGAAGUCAUUGAUAAAAAUGAUGAAAUAUGACAAUUGGUCAUACAGACUUGUCACAUGUCGCCAAAUUCUGUGCUGUUAUUGCAAUGCUGUGUCGACAAACAUGAACUCACAACUUUCCAAAAUGAUUUUCCUUUUGAUCAUAAAAGCACAAAAUAGUCACACAGACGCUGGCUGUUUUAAUUAUUUCUUUAUUUUUUGCUGUUUUGAUUGCGAUACAACGGAUUGUUUUUGUUGUUCUUCAGACAUAUAGUUAGAUGAUUAACUCUGCUUUGUAAAUAGAACUGAAUAAAUAAUCCCUCCCUAAAA